AUGUCCGGUUCAAGCAGCGAUGCAACCCUCUUUGAGGAGGCCUUUGUGGUCAACGACUACGACCAGUCGAAGUACGAUCGUGUCGCGCGCAUCCAGGCUCGGUCGACCGACGAGCAAACUGCCAUGACGCUCGACAUCAAUAUUGAACUCUUCCCAUGCGCUGUGGGAGAGUCUCUACACCUCAUGCUUGCGACCACGCUCGCUCUGGAUGGGAGCCAGGACGACGACAAGGGCUGGCGCGACGUGGGUAAGGCAGGAGAUGCGCCCAACACCCUAGCUGACCUAUACGAUUAUGUAUGCUAUGGCAAGAUCUACAAGUUCGAGGAGACUUUCGACGGGCGAAAUAUCAAUGCCUACAUCUCUUUCGGAGGCCUACUUAUGUCCCUCGAGGGACCUAUCAAGAAGCUCACACCUUUGCGUGUUGACAAUGUCUAUUUGCUCAUCAAGAAAUAA